AUGAACAAGUCUGUCAAAGAUCAAACUAAUAAUCUGACAAAAUCAGUAUUUUUAAGUUCAUCGAUCAUCGAACAAUUUCAUCAACAUGAACGUCGAUGUCAUCGUGGUUUUGAUUUACGUAUCUGGUUAAACAACGAAAAAAACUUAACAACAUAUACAUGUCUUUGUCCACCCAGUUUUUAUGGUAAUAUGUGUCAAUAUCAAAAUCAACGAGUAAGUUUGACUAUUCAGUUUCGAGCAUUAUCCGACUCUUGGUCAACAUUAUUUGCAAUAGUUAUUUCACUUAUUGAUGAUAGUGAUGAAAGCAUUAUUCAUUCCUCUGAACAAUUCACUUAUCUAUCGAUAAGGGAUUGUAAAAACAAAUUUAAUAUUUAUUUACUUUAUUCAACUCGACCAAAAAAUCAAACAAAAAAUUAUGCAAUACAUAUUGAUAUCUAUGAAAAAGUUUUGUUAUCUCAUCGAGGAAGUUUCUUGUAUCCAAUAAUAUUCCCAUUUUUACCUGUUUAUCGUGUAACAUAUAAAGUUGAUAUUCCACGAAAGAAUGAAAACAUGAAAAGUUGUUCGAACUCUCCAUGUAUUCAUGGAAAAUGUAUCAUGUAUUUAAAUAAUCAACAAAAUUCUAGUUUUUGUCAAUGUUAUCGAGGAUGGUCUGGACGAUAUUGCAUUUUUCCACAUACAUCCAUGUGUUCAUCCGAUUCAUUAUAUAUUGGUAUCUCGGCGCUCAAUCGAUCAGUAUGCAUUUGUCCUGUUAAUAAAUUUGGUUAUCGAUGUCUCCUCACCAAUACAAUCUGUGAAAUGGAUAAAAAUUUAACAUGUCAAAAUGGUGGUCAAUGCAUUCCCGCUAGUGCAUAUAUGAUAUCAGAUAAAAAUUUUAUAUGUAUUUGUCCAAAAGGUUAUACUGGUGAUCAAUGCGAAAUAGUUGAGAAAAAAAUUAUUCUCUCAUUUGAAAAUGAUAUCGUUUUAUCUCAAUCUAUAUUUAUUCAUUUCAUUCAAAUGAUCAAUAAUAAUCCAUCGAUGACAACAACUACUUUUCGAAUAAUUCCUUUUACACAACAAUUACUAACAAUUUACUGGUCACGACCGUUUCAUCUUAUUUUUAUUGAACUUCUUAAUAAAAUUUAUUAUUUAGCUGUUAUUGAAAAAAAUUAUGAGCGAUCAACAACUAUUACUAAAAUGAUAAGUUCAUCAAAUCGUUGUGCACAUAUAAAUGAAUUAUUUAAUGAAACAUUUGUUAAAAUGCAUAUUAUUCGCCGUAUUAAAUAUUAUCAUUUACCAUGUCAAAAUUAUUCAUCAAAUAUUUCUUGUUUUUAUGAUGAAAGUCAUAUUUGUCUAUGUUAUGAUUAUGGACAAAAACGUUUAGCAAAUUGUUUCGACUUUAAUCAUAAUAUGAAAUUCGAUUGUUUAGGUCAAAGUGUUUGUGAAAAUGAAGGUAAAUGUUUUCAAGAUGCUCCAGAUUGUCCACAGAAAUCCACGUGUAUUUGUCCAUCAUGUUUUUAUGGAAUACGAUGUCAAUUUAGUUCAAGUAGGUUUGGCUUAUCACUUGAUCCUAUCAUAGGUUAUCAUAUUCAACCACAUGCUAGUCUUAUGCAUCAACCGAAUAUUGUAAAAAUUACUUUAACAUUAACGAUAAUCUUUAUGAUAGUAGGAUUUACCAAUGGAAUUUUAGCUUUAAUUACAUUCAACAAUAAAACUAUAUGUGAAGUUGGUUGUGGUUUAUAUCUAUUAGGUUCAUCAAUUACUACUUUACUUACAACAAUUAUAUUUGGAUUGAAGUUUUGGAUACUUUUACUUGCACAAAUGGCACUUAUAAAUAAUAGACUCCUUUUACAAAUUCAAUGUUUAUCUCUUGAUUUUAUUUUGCGAGCUUGUCUUAAUAUAGAUCAAUGGUUAAAUGCUUGUGUGGCAAUGGAACGUGUAAUAACAAUUAUAAAAGCUACUCAUUUUCGUAAAGAAAAAAGUAGACAAAUAGCUAAAAGGGUGAUUGUUAUUCUGCCAAUUAUCGUUGUUAGUACAACAAUUUAUGAUCCUUUUUAUCGACGUUUAAUUGAUGAAGAAAAUGAAUAUGAUAAACGAAUAUGGUGUAUUAUUACUUAUCCGAAUAGUAUAAAAAUAUUUAAUUCUAUUAUACAUACUUUUUACUUUUUGGCUCCAUUUAUUAUUAAUCUGACAUCAGCUAUUAUGCUCAUAACAAAAACAACUCACCAAAAAUCGAAGCUUCAGACUCGUCAGCCUUAUCAUGAACAUUUAAGAGAACAAAUUCGUAAAUAUAAACAUCUAUUUACUGCUCCAGUUGUAUUAGUUAUUCUUGCAAUACCACGUUUAAUCCUUUUAUUCAUAUCCAAAUGUAUGAAAUCAACAGAUGAUGCAUGGUUAUUUCUUGUUGGUUAUUUUAUUUCAUUUAUUCCACCUAUGCUGACACUCGCAGUAUUUAUAGUGCCAUCUAAAUUUUACAAAAAGCAACUUCGACAAACUCUCACUGCGUAUCUAACUAAUAUACAACGUCAUUUUGAAUUCAUCAAAUAA